AGCCGGGCCUCUUAUUCCGGGUUGUAACUAAAUACUGUUGCGAGCACAGCCCAGGCCCUUUGUCGGAGAUGUGUGAGCGCAGUCUCUUCAGAGGGGGCUAUGUGGGCUCGCUCCUGAAUUUGCAGUCCCCGGACUCGUUCUACUUUUCCAAUCUGCGGCCCAAUGGCAGCCAGUUGGCCGCGCUUCCCCCCAUUUCAUACCCUCGCGGUGCGCUGCCCUGGGCCGCUACGCCUGCUUCGUGCACCCCUGCGCAGCCUGCCACCGCCUCUGCCUUUGGAGGUUUCUCUCAACCCUACUUGACCGGCUCUGGGCCUCUUGGCCUGCAGUCUCCAGGCACCAAGGAUGGACCCGAAGAACAAGUCAAGUUCUAUACGCCUGAUGCCUCCACCGGAUCAGAGGAACGCAGCCGAACUAGGCCUCCCUUCGCCCCUGAGUCUAGUCUGGCUCACUCGGCUCUCAAAGGCACCAAGUAUGACUACGCGAGUGUGGGCCGGGCCGUUCCAGGCUCUGCAACCCUGCUCCAGGGGGGCCCCUGCGCCUCCAGCUUCAAGGAAGACACCAAGGGCCCGCUCAACUUGAACAUGACAGUGCAAGUGGCCGGGGUGGCCUCUUGCCUGCGAUCUUCGCUGCCCGACGGCCUGCCGUGGGGGGCGGCCCCGGGGAGGGCCCGCAAGAAGAGGAAACCUUAUACAAAGCAGCAGAUUGCGGAGCUGGAGAACGAAUUCCUGGUCAAUGAAUUCAUCAAUCGGCAGAAGCGUAAGGAAUUGUCCAACAGGCUGAACCUCAGCGACCAGCAGGUCAAAAUCUGGUUCCAGAACCGGCGCAUGAAGAAGAAGCGUGUGGUGCAGCGCGAGCAGGUCCUGGCGCUCUACUAGCCGCUCACGGGGCGGCGGCCAUGCCAAGUCUGCCCUUUUGGAUCUAGGCCUGGCCGUGGAGGAGGUGCUGGGGCUG